AUGAUGAUAUAACUGGGUCGAAUAGAUUUUUCUUCUGAAUUCCCUCAAGCACUUUUCCUUGCAACAAAUUGGUUGCUCCUGAAGUACUGGCUCUAUGCCCAAAGCACACGCUUACCGCACACAGCCAUAAGCCUCAAAAGUAAAAAAGUAGGGAGCUGGGGAUUUAGCUCAGCGGCAUGAGUACCUUCCUUGCAAGCAGGCAGUCGUGAGUUCGAUCCCUGGUACCGAUAAAAAUGAAAAAGACCAAAAAAAAAAAAAAAAAGAAAAAGAAAAAAAAAGCUAUCACACAGAGAGAAAGACUGGGUUCUUUGUACAAAAACAAAUUAGUCCCUUGCUUAACCGGCCAGCUCUUUUCUUCUGCCUCUUUUCUUACUAUCGACUUUCCUCCUCGACUGGAAAAAGUGAUCAAAAAACCAGCAAACGUACUUUUAAUUGGUGCGCGGCGGGGUGCCUGGGAGAAUUUUGUCCAGCCCGCGCCCCGUCUCACUUUCCGCGGGGCGGGAGAGGGACGCUGCGUCCGUGUGCGUCGCGCAGCCGUAGUGCUGGUCGAGUAGGCAGGGCCGACGGCUGGCGGCUGUUGGAGCGGCCCAGCCUGAGGGGCGGCAGCACGUGCGGGCGGAGGCGAUGCGUCACUGAUCGGUGUGGCGCGGCGGAGAGGUCGGCUUUCCUCUGGUUCCUGCGACUGGUCCCCUCCUCGGUGCCUUCUACCCGGGUAGCGACAGUUGGACAGAGGGAGAAACAAGGAUGAACAUGACUCAAGCUCGGGUGCUGGUGGCUGCAGUGGUGGGGCUGGUAGUUGUCCUUCUCUACGCUUCCAUUCAUAAGAUUGAGGAAGGACACCUGGCUGUGUACUACAGGGGAGGAGCUUUACUAACUAGCCCCAGUGGACCAGGCUAUCACAUCAUGUUGCCUUUUAUUACUACGUUCAGAUCUGUGCAGACAACACUACAAACUGAUGAAGUUAAAAAUGUGCCUUGUGGGACAAGUGGUGGGGUCAUGAUCUAUAUUGACCGAAUAGAAGUGGUUAAUAUGUUGGCUCCUUAUGCAGUGUUUGAUAUUGUAAGGAACUAUACUGCAGAUUAUGACAAGACCUUAAUCUUCAAUAAAAUCCACCAUGAGCUGAACCAGUUUUGCAGUGCUCACACACUUCAAGAAGUUUACAUUGAAUUGUUUGAUCAGAUAGAUGAAAACCUGAAACAAGCACUGCAGAAAGAUUUAAACAUCAUGGCCCCAGGUCUCACUAUACAGGCUGUACGUGUUACAAAACCUAAAAUCCCAGAAGCCAUAAGAAGAAAUUUUGAGUUAAUGGAGGCCGAGAAGACUAAACUUCUUAUAGCUGCACAGAAACAAAAAGUUGUGGAGAAAGAAGCUGAGACAGAGAGGAAAAAGGCUGUUAUAGAAGCAGAAAAGAUUGCACAAGUGGCCAAAAUUCGGUUUCAGCAGAAGGUGAUGGAGAAAGAAACUGAAAAGCGCAUUUCUGAAAUUGAAGCACAAAUUGACCCCGGAAUAUCUGGAGCUCAAAAAGUACCAGGCCAUUGCUUCUAACAGUAAGAUCUACUUUGGAAACAAUAUCCCUAGCAUGUUCAUGGACUCAUCUUGUGCUUUGAAAUAUUCAGAUGUUAAGACUGGACGAGAAAACUCUCUGCCCUCUAAGGAGGCUCUUGAACCCUCUGGAGAUAACCUCAUCCAAAACAAGAAGAGCACAGGUUGAUGCAAGAGAUGGAAAUGUUCUCCCGUAUCAAGAUGUGGCCCAAGGCACUUAAGUGGGAACGAUGAUUACAUGGACUCUUCAGAUUUCAGAGAAUUUGCACUCUUGUCUGUUCUGGCUUUCUUGUGAUAGUCCUGGUUUAUCAGCUGAUCACAGGAUGGAGCCAGCUGUCUGGCACUCAAAUGAUCUUUUCAGCCAGUUUUAUCAAGUAUGCUGUAUGUGUUCUUUUUUAAACUGGUACUCGUAAAUGAGAGAAAGUUUAUGCUAAGAUACUGCCUGCACUGGAAUGUUAAACACUAAAUAUAUAACAAGCUGUGUUUUUCUAAGCUGAGAUCUAUUGAAUAAUGUUUACAUUGGUCCCAGGGGACAUGUGUGUUCAGCCAUUCAAGAGAUAGGAUGACAGAGAAGACUGCCAGGCCAUGGUAAGUUAAAGAAGACUGGUGGCACUUGGGACUCUCUGAAGUCCAGUCUCAGUGUUCAUUCAUGUGAUUGACAUCUAGGUCACUGAGGUUCCCCAGGAAAUGAUCUUCCACUUGAGCAACCAUUUACUUGAUAUAAUUUGUACCAUUGUUUUCCUAUAGUCAGGUUUGUGGCCUACACAGACUUGUGCUUUGCCACCCCACCAGAGAUUCCCUAAAUCAAAUUCUUAAUCAUUAGUUUAUUGCGUUAGUAGGACCAGAGAUGAAUAGAGCUUGCUUUAAAGUUUUGAGCAGGAUAAAACCUUUGUAGAAGCCCUGCAGUCCUCUCAGUUGGGUGAUGAUUGUCAGUGUUGCUGCCCCAGACCAUGUGUGACUAGGUACUAUAUCUGGUUUUUAGCCACAGGCAGCUUCUGUGGCACCUCAGCUCUGGCUGCCCAAGAGUGGAACAAGGCUGUAACCAAAUUUAGCAGUGUCCAGUACCUAACCACUCACUGCAUAGUGUUAUAUAAUAAUUGCAGGAAGUUUUUGUUUUUAAAACUGGAUUUGGGGUACAUUCAUUUGCCCCGCCCCCAGCACUUCUAUAUAAAAAGGCCAACUCCUAGAGCUGCCAGUGGUUUCUAGUACACUUACCACAUUGAUUCUGUUUGAUAUUGUUCACCAGUAUGAGCAGUAGUAAUCUAGAAACCAUCCUUAAUCAUCUUUGUAUCCUUCUCUCCUAGCCAUAGGUUGCUAAAAUUAAAAAGUUUUUCAGACUUUCACCUUCAGUAGGAGAUCACAUUCCAUUGCCUUUCUGGCCAACCAGUGAAUUUAAUUUUCCAAGAGAACAUGACAGAGUUAACCUGUGGCUGUAGGAGAUCUACUUCAUCUGGACUUUUUUUUUCAGAUUAACUUUCCUGGAACAUUUGCUGCGUAUUAGGCCUGAAUUUGUGCAGCUUGUGGAUACCACUAUGUACACUUCUGUUGAAGCCGGACAGAAAAGUCAUGGGACCACUUCCAUAAAUCUCCCGGCAGGCUGUCUCAUGACAGCUAAUGGGUUGUGCCAAACACUUUAUUUGGGAAAGGAAAGCCCAGAAUUGAAAGGGACUUUUCCCUGGGCCUUAGGCAUUUGUGUGUAAUAUGGAGAAAAUUUCAUUUUUUCUCAUUUACUUUUAUAAAUUCUCUUUUGAAUGAAUUGUGACCAUUAGUCCUCCUUAAAAGACCUUUUGAAUUAUAGAAAUAAACUCUUGUAUUGUUGCUGCAGAUAAAUGAUUGUUGUGGGAAAUCUGGAUCAUUGACCUUUGUGCUUUCAUUUCUAGAGAUGUUUCCUAUUCCCCUAAGUAAAGAGCUAUUGCCCCAAAGUGAUGGCUGUGGAUUUUUCUACCAUCCACAAGCCCUGGUGGCAGGGUUAACGAACAGGGAAGUGUCAUUGUGAAGUUUUAAAGAAAGCACUUCCACUUAAACGCUCUAGCAUGAGCUUCCCUGUGCCCACUCAGUGAGCUCUGUCUCACUGUCCUUCAGGGAUGUUCCUUUUGACGAAUACAUACUGUAAUCUUAAAGCCUAAAUUUUUAUGUGAAAUGAUACCUUUUUUAAAAAUAAGAAAUUAAAUAAAAUUAUUUUAAUACCA